UGAUACUUUUAUACAUUUUGACAAUGAGUCAUAUUAAUAUCAUUGUGCUUAAAUAUUUUUUGAACUACUAUUGAUAUAAUUUGAAUCUACAAUUGUGAAACAGAAUAACUGGCAAAUAAUUUAUAUUUUAUAACUUAGUAAACAUUAUUAUAUAAUGGCACUCUCAUUGAAUUUCGAACAAUUACAACUAAAAUCUGAAUAUUUACACACAAAUUCAAAACAUACACACUUUCACGAGGAUGGUGAAAAUACUUUGUUAGUUUCAUGGGAUGAUUGUGUUAUGGUUUUAUAUUCAUUAAACAAUUUACCUGAAGCUAGUCUUUGGAAUCCUAUUGAACCUAUUAUUGUGCCAAUAAGUAAUCCAAUAAUAUCAAUAUUGACUUUUAAUUCAAAAAUGUAUUGUGUUGAUAAAAUUGGAUCUAUUUAUCAUCUGAAACAAGUUCGACGUGAUUCUCCAGACUUAUUUGAUUGUUCUGGGUCUGAUCAAGUUAUUCAACAGCCACUAUCCUGCAGUUAUGAAUGGAAACCCUUCUACUCUCAAAAGUGUCCAUGUGAAGUUUUAGGAACAACUUGCUAUUCAGAUGGAAUUGCUCUAAUAACAGCAAUGGGAGAAUGGAUAAUUCUACAAAUGUUAAAAAUUACUAUUGAUGAUAAUAAUGAACCAACUAUAUUCAAUACCUGCAAUAAACAAAUUAGAUCUCAGAAACCGUUUCCAUUUGUAGUUACUUCGUUUAUAUCUUGUACUUGGAGGGAUUGGUUCAGCAGCCAAAGAGCAAGAGAACUUUUUGGAUUAAAUGUAAUUGAUAGUCUAGAAAUUUUUUUAAUAGCAACAGAAGAGUCUAAAAUAUAUUGUACAACAUCUAAUGUGGUCAAUAAAAAUGUUUCAUUAUUUUUAAAUAAUCCACAAAAAAUUCUACACAUACAAUUUUCCGAUUUUGAAUCAAAAAAAUUGCUGUUGAUGUCAUCCGAUGGUGUUCUUACAGUCAUCCGUUGUGUUGAAAAUAUUGAUUCAACAUUCAUUUACCUGGCAGUUACAAAAACAGUUGCUACAUAUAUUGUUGACCAUACAGUGAUUUUAAGUGAUGGUGUUAAUUUAUUUCUUAUUACAUUGGAUAAGCAAUUUUCUAAAAUAGAUAAACAAGUGGUAACUCUGUUGAAAGGAGUUAACUCAUUAAGCCUAUUUCAGUCCAAUAACAUUAUUGCAAUGACUCAAUUAAAUAAAGUGUAUAAAUUAACUGCUAAACAUGAAGUGAUCACUCAAGAAGAAGAACUCAAGUUUAAAUUUAAUGAAAAAUCAACUUUAGAAAACAUAAAAGUUCUUUGUAAGAAUAUAGAAUCUUUAGAAGAGCAACAUGAUAAUAUGAAUAAAUACAUAAAUGCAGUAUCUAUUGUUGCUCGCAAAGAUUCAGUUGCUCAAUAUUGUUCAUUAAACCUUUUAAUUUAUUCAGGUGCUAAAGCCGUCAAAUUAGGAGCUUGCCAAAGUGAAUAUAUUUUUGCAAUAAAACUUUCCACAAAUUGUUCAUGGUUAUCACUUCCAUCUUCAAUUUGGCAACUUUUGGUUCGGAUUACUGAUAAUAACAAUUUGUCAUCAAACUGUGGCCUACAUUCUUUUGACGUUGAUCUCUUUGACAAUAAUCAUCCAUUACUGGUGAAACAUCAUUUAUUGGCGACAGUUGCUGAAAAUUGUACAUCUGGUUUAGUACACUGUGAAUUGGUGUGUCAAGUACAAAAUGAUUCAAUCAAUCGUUGUUUGAUUAUUCCAUUAAAUCCAAUAAAAUUAAAUUCAUUAUAUUUUGUCAAAGCUGAAAAACGAGAAAAGAUACUGGUGAUUAAUCCUUUGGAAGAUCGACAUAAGUAUGUUUUUAAAUUUCCAGAAUAUUUAUCAUUAUCAGAUUGUUUGACUAUUAUUACAAACAGAAAUAAACAUAGAACAUCAAAAUCAUUUUAUAAAAAUAUAAUCGAUAAUACUCAAAAUACACUACAUUUAAAUUAUUUUGGAAAAAUAGUCUCUAUAAUUUUGGACAACAAAAUUACAAACACAAUCACCAUGGAGUGUCUAGAUCAAGAUGCUUUGGUUGCAGUUCGUAAUGGAGUUUUUAGUGAACUUUCAAAUGAUCAACCAGCAAUUAUAAACUUUCCAGUUCUUGCAGAUAUCCAAAAACAACUUUGUUUACUAGAAGAAUUAUCAGUUAAAGAUCGUCAAAACAAAUAUAUUGUUAAAGAAAUUAAAACUAAAAUUCAAAACCAAAUUAGUAAUCAUCUACCUUUGUAA